AUGCCCUCCAACAGCAACCACGCUAUCUUCACUCACCUUGGCCCGUCACCCACGCUUCCUCGACUGCGCGUAACAGCCGCUCAUUGCCCUGUCAUGGCCGACCGCAGAGGAAUGCGAUCCGGAAGCCGUCGCGCCGACCCCACCCCACAAUCCCAUUCCAAGUCUAUCGUCACUCAGACUGUACACGCGACGCGCAAGCGCAACACCAGGAGCGCUAGCCGCGACAUCGACGUACCCACAGAGACAGAGCGGCCUCUUCGUAGAAGUGCGCGCCAAGCCAGCGUUACGAGCAUAGCCAGCGAAAGUGCACGCGAGAAUGAAACUGACCGGGGAAUGAGACGGAACCCCAGGGAAGAAGCUUUCGCAGCGGAUCUCACUGCAGUCGAGGAAGUGGACACCCAACUCGAUAUCCAGGACGCACCUCAAAACACACUUCAUCGUUCUCCAGGUGCAGCUUCUGAAAUGUCUGGCACUACUGCCAUCACUUCGUUUUCCAUGGGCGAAGCCGAGCUACUUGAAUCUCGCUUUCUUCUACGCCAUCUGCCCAAACUACAUUCAGUGGUCGAUGAGUUUCUGAAUCUUCUUGUCCCGGAAGAAGAGAAUGUAUUGAGUAUGGAAGACCGACUACAGAGAGAUCUAAACCGAAUCCGCAAGAUGAAAAUUCCGGGAUCUGAUUUCGUGGAAGACUACAACGAUUGCGUCGACCAACUCAGUCUAUACGUGAAGCACUUCCUGGCAGAUAACUGGUGGUUCAUCAAUAUUCAAGCCAUCCACCAAGCGCUCUUUGGCUCUGCAGAUCGCAAUAGCGCACAAACAGGACUGAAUCUCAUCUUGUAUCGAGCUAACCUUUUAAUCAUGGCAAAAGACAUGAUCCAUUCAGACCGUAAAGAUAAGAAUAUGUGGACUACCAUCCGCGCGUUCGAGAAUAUCUUUCCCAUUCGAUUCCUGUCUGCCUUAGACCCAGAAACUUCUACUGCAUUAUCUGUCACUGGACAGAGUGCCUUGCUGCAAAAGACCUUCGAUCUUGCACUAGAGUUCCGCACACAGUUAGCAAUCAUUCACAUUGAUCGAGAAUCUCGAACGAAAAACUUCGAUCCUGAUGCUGUUCUCGACUCUGUUUUCUUUGACGAAUCUGAUGAAGCAGAACCCAUUAUUCGAGGUUGGAAUACCUCGGCUUUGGGUGAAGGUGCUGCUACACUCCCUGACGAGUUCAGAGGGAAAGUCAUGGACCGGAUGGCUGAGAUUCGCACACAUUUUCCAAUUGAUACUCAAGCGCUGGAACACGGAAACGUAAUAAACCUGGGAAGGCUAGAGAAGGCUUUUCCGUGGCCAUCCGUCAUACUCAGACUUUUGGAUUGGGUUCGAGCUCGAGAUACAGAGCUUCGAGCAGCCAUUGGGCAUCAACGCGGACCAGAAAAGAUUGUGAAAGAAGUGAAACGAAUCAUUGAAGAAAGUGCCGGGAGGGUAUCACAGCUAGGGACCAGCGAAACCAGUAACAAACGAAAUUCUUAUGGCCGAGAAGGAAGGCGUGUCAGUGGCAAGUAUUCCGUGGACAAGCUAUUGGAUCCUGGCGUUUUUACGAGAAUGAAACCGACUUUGGAGAAAGCGUCUCGUGUACAAGUUCAAGUUCAAGCUCAUGAUCAAAACGGUCAGAAACUAGCUGAGGCCAGGGUUCCGACACCCCAGGUGGAACCGCAAAAGAUGGUGCAGAAAGAGCAAGGAACAACGGCGGCCGAGCCCGAGCCUCAACUGGCCGAUACCACUGUGCAGGAAGAUGGAUGGGCCCCGCCAGAAGAUGACGAAGACUUUACACGGGUUGGGGAAGGCGCUGGAGAACCAGCCGCAAAGUCAACAGAUCCUCCUGAGGACCCCCAGCCACUCCGACCUCCGCAGUCCACUGCCGAUAUCAUGAGCUUUCUCAAACGGCCCAAGAACAUACAGAAGGAAAACCGCGCCAAACCAAGCAUCUUUGACCCGCAGCCAGGCGCAGUUCGUGUUGAGUUCGGUGAUGGUUUUGAUGAUGCUAUUGAGCCGGGUGAGCCAGUAGUAGCAGCUUCUUCAAGUAAACAGAAAGUGGUCCGGCCUGCCACUCAGAGCAAGAAGCGAGCUCUUCCCGUGGAGAGUGACGAGGAUGAUGACGACUUUGAGACUGUGAGACGCACAACACACGUCGAGCAACGACGAGAAAAAGCACGACGCGUUCAGCUGAAUGCAGAUGCUCCGAGUUCGUCCACUGCACACCAACCCCAAGGGCGGAAUAUCCGUGAAAAUCUCGCAAUUAAGAACGAAACGGACACGAGUGUAUCCGAAACUGAUGCUCCAGAAAUGACAGAGGCGGCCCCCCCAUCGUCCCGCUAUGCCGCACAGAGACAACAAUCUCGGAUCAAUCGCCCCACUGGUUCAACGCGCAAAGAGAGGGUGGAGUGGACGCCAGAUGAGGAACAGGCUUUUGAGGAAUACAUGGCAUUGUAUCAGCCAAACAAGUACGCUGAGAUUAAAAGGGUCGAUGAUGCUGGUCAACGAAGGCUGCAGACUAGGACGCAGGUUAACCUCAAGGACAAGGCUCGAAGCAUGGCUAUCAACAUGAUCAGGUCCGGGUCAGGUCUUCUACCUGGCUUCCAACUUGUCAUCCGCAAACAUACCGCAGAUGGUCAGAAACUUCUCGAUCAAGGCUUCGAUUGGUGA